CUCACCAACGGCGGUGCAGCUGGAAUAAUUAUUGGCGUCUCAAUAGGACUAAACUCUGUUGUAGCCAGUCAAAUGAUCAAACAUAAUGGAGAAAGCUGCUCUAUUAUUGAAAAUUAUCAACUUGUAGAAAAUUCAAUAGCAUGGAUUGUGGCAUGGUAUUGUUUAGGUUCACUUUUUGGUGGCCUAACUCAAAAUAUUCUUGUCGAUUUAAUUGGCUUUAAAAUGUCAAUAACUUUUUACAAUUUUUCAAUUUUAAUUGGUUGGAUUAUUCUAUUACGAUUUGACUGUGUAGAAGAUGAUAUGAUACGUACAAUUUGGAUAAGCCGUUCUCUUCAAGGCUUCGGUUGUGGAGGAUUAACUUUGUUAGUACCUUCCUAUAUAUCAGAGAUAACAGAUAUUAAUAUUAAAAGUAAAGUACAAGUAAUUCAUCAUGUAUUUAUUUCCUUUGGAAUAUCUUUUACAUACCAUUUAGGAGUGAUCUGUUCAACUUUCAAUAAUAUAAUUUAUUCGUGUCUAUUUUGGUCGAUUCUUCAUAUUUUAAUUGUUUACUUUUUACCUGAGUCACCAUACUACAUGGUUAAUAAAAGAUCAGCCAACGAAGUGAAAAAUGUAAUGCGUUUAAUCAGAGGCCCAUUUUACGAUGCUGAUGAAUGUUAUACGCGUCUUCAAAAAUGCACAGAACAGCUCCGUGAUAAAAAUACUUCUUUUUGUGAAGCUCUAACAGAGAAACAUUGUAUAAAGGUACUAACAAUUGGCAUAGGAUUAAUAAUCUUUCAACAGCUAUGUGGAGUAACUAUGUUAACUCAAUUCAUGCAAGAAGUUGUAGUUCAUUUUGGUGAUUAUGACGAAACCUCUUCCCUGACCUCGAUCGCAGUUUUAAGUUUAUCAAUUUUACAAGUGGUAGUAUGUCUAGCUGCUAUCGAAACAGUUGAAAUGUUCGGUCGUAAAACGUUAUUGUUUAUAUCAUCUAUUUGUAUGGCAAUAACUUUAUCAAUGCUUCUAGUGUAUCACAUUAUUUUACCUAAAUACUUAGCAUCAGAUUGUUAUGAAGACGCACCACUCUUCUUAAUUUUUAGUUACAUUUUUUCAUAUAACAUUGGUUGGGGGCCUAUAGUUAUGGUAGUCAUUGCAGAUAUUACAACUUUAAACAGUAUGAAAAAGUCAACAGGAAUACUACACGGUAUUGGCCAAAUAGUAAUGUUUAUUGUUGUGUGCCUAUUUUACAAUGACAAAUUUAUGUCGUAUAACUCAGUUACUUUAUGGUUUUAUACUUUGUGUUGUUAUGUCAGUGCUCUAUUUGUAUGUUUUGUUGUACGAGAAACACACGGAAAAAAUCCUAAGCGAAUUGAAAGUUUAUUAACAAAUGAUUGUAUAGUCAAUAGUGACAGUGAUUGAACAUUAUUUUUUCAAUCUUCUUAAUUUGGAUUAUUAUUUUACUCUCUUUUUAUGUAUUAUUUUUGUUAAUAAUCUAAUUAUUAUAUUAAAACAAUAUGAACAUAUAUAGGAAUUUAAUUUUUAACUUAAUUAGAUAUUUUGUAUAAGGAAUUAUCAAUUUAAUGCUAUCUAUAUGGUUAUCGUUUACACAUUAAAACAACUGUUAACCACUAGAUGGUGCUCACUAAAAGAUAAUGUGUUUGCUACAAAUUUAAAUCAAUAUUAAAAAGAUUUAUUUUACUGACAAUAAUUUUUAAUUGACUGCAUUAAACAUGGCUUUAGUACUCA